UAAAAACAAAACCCCAGCCCCGUUUCAAUUUCAAUCACACUCACUGCCACACACUCCAUAGCAGAGAGAAAUAGCUGAGUAGAGCAGAGCAGAGCAUAUCCAUGGCUUCCAUUGGAGCCUUAAAAUCUUCGCCUUCUCCCCAAAAUUGCAUUAAUGAGAGAAGAAAUGACGCUACUCGUGCAAUGUCCUUUCGAAACCUUUCCUUUUCGUCGUCUCAUCUAUCUGGAGACAAGCUGAUGUCUAUGGCAACCUUACAUUCUCAGCAGCGCCAUUCCAGCGAGAGGAGGAGUCCACUGAUCGUGUCGCCUAAGGCUGUUUCUGAUUCACAGAAUUCGCAGACAUGUCUUGACCCUGAUGCUAGCCGAAGUGUUUUGGGAAUUAUUCUUGGUGGUGGAGCUGGGACCCGACUUUAUCCUCUAACUAAAAAAAGAGCAAAGCCAGCAGUUCCUCUUGGAGCAAAUUAUCGUCUGAUUGACAUUCCUGUAAGCAAUUGCUUGAACAGUAACAUAUCCAAGAUCUAUGUUCUCACACAAUUCAACUCUGCGUCUCUAAAUCGCCACCUUUCACGGGCGUAUGCUAGCAACAUGGGGGGAUACAAAAAUGAGGGUUUUGUGGAGGUUCUUGCUGCUCAACAAAGUCCGGAGAACCCCAAUUGGUUCCAGGGAACUGCUGAUGCUGUCAGGCAGUAUCUAUGGUUGUUUGAGGAGCAUAAUGUUCUUGAAUUCCUCAUACUUGCUGGAGAUCAUCUAUAUCGAAUGGAUUAUGAAAAGUUCAUUCAAGCCCACAGAGAAACAGAUGCUGAUAUUACUGUUGCCGCACUGCCAAUGGACGAAAAGCGAGCCACUGCAUUUGGUCUCAUGAAGAUUGACGAAGAAGGACGCAUUAUUGAAUUUGCAGAGAAGCCGAAAGGAGAGCAAUUGAAAGCAAUGAAAGUUGAUACUACCAUUUUAGGUCUUGAUGACGAGAGAGCUAAAGAGAUGCCUUUUAUCGCAAGUAUGGGUAUAUAUGUCAUUAGCAAAGACGUGAUGUUAAACCUACUUCGUGAUAAGUUCCCUGGUGCCAAUGAUUUUGGUAGUGAAGUUAUUCCUGGUGCAACUUCGCUUGGGAUGAGAGUGCAAGCUUAUUUGUAUGAUGGAUACUGGGAAGAUAUUGGUACCAUUGAAGCUUUCUACAAUGCCAAUUUGGGCAUUACAAAAAAGCCAGUCCCAGAUUUCAGCUUCUACGAUCGAUCAGCUCCGAUCUACACCCAACCUCGAUAUCUGCCACCUUCAAAAAUGCUUGAUGCCGAUGUCACAGACAGUGUCAUUGGUGAAGGUUGUGUGAUCAAGAACUGUAAGAUUCACCAUUCUGUGGUCGGGCUCAGAUCAUGCAUAUCAGAGGGAGCAAUUAUAGAAGACUCGCUUCUGAUGGGGGCAGAUUAUUAUGAGACUGAUGCUGACAGGAGGUUCCUGGCUGCAAAGGGUAGUGUCCCAAUUGGCAUUGGCAAGAACUCUCACAUUAAAAGAGCCAUUAUUGACAAGAAUGCCCGUAUAGGGGACAAUGUGAAGAUCAUUAACAGAGACAAUGUUCAAGAAGCGGCUAGGGAAACAGAUGGAUACUUCAUCAAAAGUGGGAUUGUCACUGUCAUUAAGGAUGCUUUGAUUCCUAGUGGAAUUAUCAUCUGAAGGAAGGUGUUGGAACUUGGAUGUCCUCCAAAAUCUUGGCUAAACAGCCAUGCGGUAGAAAUCUUGCUACUUUUAUUUUGCUUUGCUGUAGAAAUCUAGUGUACAUCCCACUUUUAUGUAGCUAGAUACUUCUCAUUACCCCUACAAGAGAAGACUAGAUAGAUGCUGUAAAAAUAUUCGUCUAAAAUAAAAACCGGUGAUUACACACA